AUGCUAGCUGCGGCCGAAUAUUUACAUGGCGAAAGCCAGGAUUUGGGUUUUCUUGAAAGUCUUGUCAAUGAUUUAGAAACAGCGGGGAUCGGAAGUGAGGCCUUUCAGUAUGCCGUUCCACCGAUCUCCAGCCCACUGGAGCAAUUUGCCAUUCCCCCAUUUCUGGAUAUUCAUAUUGGAAACUUUUCUUUCUCAUUCACAAAUCCAUCUUUGUUCAUGCUGCUGACUAUCAGUUUGGUCCUGCUUCUGGUUCAUUUGGUUACUAAAAACGGAGGAGGAAACUCAGUACCAAAUGCUUGGCAAUCCUUGGUAGAGCUGAUUCAUGAUUUCGUGCCGAACCCGGUGAACGAACAAAUAGGUGGUCUUUCCGGAAAUGUUCAACAAAAGUUUUUCCCUCGCAUCUCGGUCACUUUUACUUUUUCGUUAUUUCGUAAUCCCCAGGGUAUGAUACCUUAUAGCUUCACAGUGACAAGUCAUUUUAUCAUUACUUUGGGUCCCUCAUUUCCUCUUUUUAUUGGCAUUACUAUAGUGGGAUUUCAAAGAAAUGGGCUUCAUUUUUUAAGCUUCUCAUUACCCGCAGGAGUCCCACUGCCGUUAGCACCUUUCUUAGUACUCCUUGAGCCAAUCCCUCAUUGUUUUCGCGCAUUAAGCUCAGGAAUACGUUUAUUUGCUAAUAUGAUGGCCGGUCAUAGUUCAGUCAAGAUUUUAAGUGGGUCCGCUUGGACUAUGCUAUGUAUGAAUAAUCUCUUCUAUUUCAUAGGAGAUCUUGGUCCUUUAUUUAUAGUUCUUGCAUUAACCGGUCCGGAAUUAGGUGUAGCUAUAUCACAAGCUCAUGUUUCUACGAUCUCAAUCUGUAUUUACUUGAAUGAUGCUACAAAUCUCCAUCAAAGAAUAGAUGAAUUGAAUGAUUUGUUUAUAAUUGAACAAAAACACAAAAAAAUCUGUUUUGAUUUGAUUGAUGGGACACUAUUGGCAGGGCAGAAAAAAAGGCCCUAA